AUGGUCGCCGCGUGCACCGCGUGGGCGUCCCAGGCCGCGGUCCUCGCGGAGCCCAUCCGAAAGGUGGCGCGCGCGCUCGUCUCCCCGCGGCCGCUGUCCCCGCUCGCCGGCUGGUCGCUGCUCACCGCCGGCGCGUUCGCGCCGCACCGCGCCUUCGUGAACUUCGCUCGGAACGUGACGCUUCGCGUCGCGCGCAUCCCGCGCGUGCGCAGUCUGCUGCGACGCAAGUGGCCGAUAUGGGGACGCAUACUGCUGAAGAAUAAGAUGCGCGCGGAGGUGACGUCGUAUCGGAUGGCGGUGAACGAGGCGUGGGAAGCGCUCGAGGGGACGUUGCCGCAGGAUACGCUCGCGGCGAUGCGCGAGGCGGAGUCCGUCGUCGCGGGGUACGGCUACGGCGUGCAGUCGCAGAGUAGCGGUGGUGGUGGUAACGCGUACGCGUACGACGACGGCGGCGGGGGCGGGGGCGGGUUAGGGGGUGGUGGGAUGAUGUCGAGUGACGGUCGCGGCGCGGGCGUUUUCAACAGACGCGACGGCGGCGGCGGCGAGACGGAUUACUACGGCGAGGCGCUCAGCGGGAUGAUUCGACGGAGAAGCUCGGGAAGGCUGAACGGACGCCUGGCCGCGGCCACCGAGGACGCCGCGCCCGCGCUCGUCGACGGCGGGUCGUACCCCGUGCUCUCGCGCGCGGGCUCGGGAAGCGACGGCGACUCGCCGACCCGGAGCGGCGGCGGCGGGCGACGCCGCGGCGGCGGCGGGAACCUCCAGCUCGUCGCCUACAACGGCGCGAACGGGCACCACGGGCAUCAUCAUCACAAGCGGCGAUCACAAGGCGCGCUCGCGAAGAUCACCGGCGUCGCGAAAGCGGUAACGCAUCACUCCCGUCGGUUAUUCAUCAACGCGCCGUCGACGCUCGUCGGGGUGUUGACCGGACGGGAGCACGGCGCGGAGCUCUUCGCGCCGCACGGCGAUCGCAUGGAACGGCUGUUCGACGAGCUCGGCAUGGACACUCGGUGCGCGUUCACGCGCGCGCAGAGAGCCGCGUUCUUGCUGCAGUACAACGGCGACGUCUCGAAGGCUGCGCUCGCGAUGGAGCGCUCGCUGAAGUGGCGGAAGAAGUACCGGUUCAUCCCGGAUAAAGAUUUGAAACGCUUCGAGGACGUCGUCUUCGUGCACGGCGGAAGACACGCGUACACGGGCGGCGUGCACCUCGUGCUGCGCCUCUCCGCGGUCUCCGCCGCGGAACGCUCCGAAGGCCUCGACGCCGUCGCCGCGGCGUUGAUAUCCCACGUCGAAGCGCAGUGGCGGCAGUUGCACGUCCACGGCGACAACCCGGGGAAGAUGCGCGGGCGACUCGUCGCGCUCGUGGAUUGCGCCGGCGUCACGACGACGUCUUUCCCGGCGUCUCUCGUCGCGCACACGCUCGUGACGCUCGAUCACAACUACCCGGAGCUCGCCGCGGAGGUGCACGUCGUGAACGUGUGGUGGCUCGUGAAGCGAGGGCUCGCGGUCAUGCUCGAGGCGACGUCGCAGCGCACGCGGAAUCGCGUCAGGAUGUACAAAAACGACGACACGGGCGCCGACAAGCUCGCGAUUCGAUUCAACCCGCACGCGCUUCCGUCGUGCUUCUCGCAAGGCCGCUGCGCGUGCAAGACGUGCAAGCGGAUGAUACGAGAGGGGAAGUGGGGCUCCGAGCGCGAUCGGCGGACGUCGUCGGAGAACUUCGAGCACGGCGGGAUGAUCGGCCAGUUUCGCCGGUGGCAGGACAUGACGAGCGCGCAGCGCCGGCAGUGGUUGCGGCACCAGCUGUUCUACUACCUCGGCCUGACGCUCUUCUGGCCGAUGCACGUGAUCCGUCUCAACAUCCACCCCGUGCUCGUGGGCAUCAUCCGCGCGCAGUCGAUGGCGAGGCGCUUCUUCUGGAGGCUGCGGCGCGGCGAUCCCGUCGCGGCGUUCGCGGCGACGGUGGCGGCGUUCGCGAGCCUCGCGUUUUUCGUCGCCGUGGUGGCGUGGUGGGCGGAGUACGGCUCGACGCUGCUGAUGGAGAGCGCGCGAUCGCCGCCGAGGACGUGGGAGGAGGCGUGGGAGAUGAAGGGGAUGUUUCAGCGGAGCAUAGGCGACAGCGUGAAGCGCAGCCUCGGGAUGGAUGGAUAG